CACGCUUCGCGGAAAAUAGCCUCUAACCAAUGGUAUUUGUCGUGACAAUCCAUUGUCGGCCGCCAUUUUAUUUCUAUAUGUGCAUGAAACGUUGGAUAACCUUUUGCGAAGGAAUACUAUUUUAUCAGACCUGAGUGUUGCUGUCUUUAAUUUAACUGUUAUUUGUGGGCAUCAGAGACUCUGCGCACCUCCAUCGUUUUCGUUUGGUGAAGGACGCCACCCAUUACAAGGUCAUGGCCGAAACGACGCGAUUCUUCUCAAAAUGCAAGUCCAUGUUGCAAGAUAGUCAUAAGACUUUCUCUUUCCUGAAUUCAGUCGUUUGUAACAUCAAAAAUUUCCAGAAUGAAUUCUCUAUCUGAUGUGAGUAUUUCUCCAGCCCUGCUGCAAGCAAUAUCGCAGACCCUUACUUCCAAAGAAACUGGAAAUCAGUCUUCAAAACAAAACCACUCAUCAAACAUGCACCCACGAAUAAAGAUUAAGCAGGAGAUUCUUGAAGCUAGGAAUUCGUCAUUGUCUGAAGAAAGUAAAACUGACAUUGGGGAGGAUGAAGCAAGUGCUCGUAUUGUGAACAUUUUACAGGGUAUGCAGAAAGCAUCAGAAACAGAUGAAGAAACAGGUCAUUCUUCUCAAUAUAUCAGUCCUGGGGAUAUUAAAAAUAUGUUGAAAUGGAAAAUACAACACAAUGUUCCAAAACCAGAUGGACAAAGUGAGGACAACUUAGUUGGAAACCUUGGUAGUAGUGAUCAAGAGGCCAUGGUCAAUGUUUUAACAACUCUUGCCAUGCAACAAGCAAAAACUUUAUCCAUGGCAUCUAAAGGUUCAAGUAGUGCUGAGAUAAGAUUACCAGAAAAUGUAACUAUAUCUCAAACCCAAGAAGAGGUUGUCGCUGACCAGAGGACUGUAAUGAUAGAAUCAGCAGGUCAGACUUACUACGUGAGGACCAACACAGAAAACUUAAUCUCUGAGACUGUCUCAUCCAACGCUGGUGAGACUCAUUUACAGUUUUCUACAGCAAUGUCGUCUGAGGGAGACAUAUCUGGCCAAGGAAGCAUGCAUCAGGAUGUUGAUGUGUCUUGUAUUCCAGAAACGGCCAUGUCUCAGAGUGAGGACAACAGUAUGUCUAAUGAUGGCUAUCAACCAUGUCCUGUAUGUGGAGAUGCUGUUUCAGGUUAUCAUUAUGGGAUUUUUACUUGUGAAAGCUGUAAAGGUUUCUUUAAAAGAACUGUUCAGAACAAUAAAUCAUUUACUUGUCAUCGAAAUGGGGAUUGUGAGAUAAGUCGAGGAAAUCGAAAGAAAUGUCCCUGCUGUCGAUUUGCCAAAUGUGUUCAAAUGGGCAUGAAAACACAAGCUGUUCGACUUGAUCGGACUCGAGGAGGAAGGAGUAGCUAUGACGGUUGCUCACCCAGGAACCGCCCCAAAAUACCAGUCCCUGUCAAGAAACCAAAAGUAAAGAGACCACAAUCAUCAAGAAGUGUGUCACUGGAAGACAUUAAUGUGACCUUACCUACUGGAGAAGAUGUCUCAGGAAGUCAACUGAUGGCCAUUUUAAAUAAAUCAGGAAAAGCCCUUCUACAAGGAAUGGUGAAACCCAUGAUUCCUCAAAUUUUAUCAGACAUUGUAGGCAUGGAGUCUCUGUUGUGUGAUGAUGAAACGGACACUGAUUUUCCCAUGGAGAAAAUUUCAGACACUGAUCCCAAUGUAAUAAUGUCUAUGUUACAGUUGGCAGAAUUAAAACUUUACAAGCUGGUUCGCUGGGCUCGAAAUUUACCACAAUUUAGUUCUAUUGCAACAGAUGACCAAAUAUUACUGCUGCAGAACUCAUGGUGUGAAAUUCUGACCUUGAAUUGUUGCUUCAAGUCAAUGAGUACACCCUCAGAAAUUCAACUUCCAUUUGGAAAGAGCAUUGACCUUGAGAAGGCCAUUAGCAUAGGACAUGGAGUGGAUGAUAUUAUCAGUAGAAUGUUAUUUAUUGCUGAACAUCUCAACAGACUUCAAGUUGACCAACAUGAAUUUGUUGCUCUUAAAGUUUUAAUUUUGAUUUCUCCAGACAUCAAGGGAAUGAAAGACCCAAGCAAAGUGGUGGAGCACCAAGAUGCUAUAACAGAAGCUCUAAGGCAAUACACAGAGAGCCACUACCCUCAAAUGCCCAAUAAAUAUGGCCAGCUACUGAUGAGGCUAACAGAACUGGCUAAGAUCAGUAUGCUAACCAAAGAGGCCCUCAAUUCCAUUGUACCACCCAGUCUACAAUCCUGUGGUCUCCUGUUUGAGCUGUUGAAAGGCGAUACUGGCAAGGAGGAGUCAUAGAAACAGGGGUUAGAUGCAACAGUUUAGGAAGAGGAUGCUUGCGUUUAGUGACCAAAUCUUCCUUUUAAAAAGGAGGUAAAAACCAGGUUGUGUUCUAAAUAUAAAUAUAAAGACUCAACCUUUAAUAAUAUUCAAAGUUUGGAGUGAAAAGAGUAUUCUGUUAACCAUGUAACAGUAUCAGUUUGUUCUCCAAUUUAAGUACUUUAUCAGAGAGUAAACCAGCAUUACAUACAGACAUUGAAGAGAAUGUUUACAGACUUACACCACUGACUAAAUGAAGAGGUUCUUCAAUCAUGCACAAGAUAUAUACAGCUACAAGAUACAUAUAUUUUUACCCCAUGUGUACUUUUAUUGGUGCAUUCAUCAUUGAUCAUGGAUUGUGUAUUUUAUACUUCAUCUUUAGAUAGUUUUCAUUUUACAGGAUUUUAGAGUUAGGAUGUUGUGUGAAUAUGAAAAUGGUUGUGUCUGAUAUUCAAGGCAUUGAAGAAGGAUGAAAGAUAAUUUUCAUCCACUGUGUUUAUAGAUUGUUCAUUAUUCAAAUGCACUGCAAUGAAUUGUUCAAAUAUUGAAUUACUGAUAAGGUAGUAAAGAUGAGGAUGAUUUGUUAUUUUACCUUCUGGAAGCCUUCCUGUCCAUAACCUUACCAUAAAUUUUGAAUGUUAAAAGAAAGAAAAUCAUGCAUGCUCCACAAAAAAAGCUGAUUGUGAAGUGCCAUUUUCAGUCAAGUCAUGAUCACAUAAAUAAAUUAAUGGUCGUAUAAUGGUCAUAGUUGGCUUGCAUUUAAUUGAUAGUUAUUGUAUAAGGACACAGUACAUAGCAAAAACAUGCAACUAUGUGCAUUCCUGUUGGUAUGUGAGUAAUGUACAUGAUAAAAAUUCAGCUUGUGUAAUUGUAUUAAUAUUGAAAAAAGUUCAUGUAUAUCAAAUAUCACCAGAAAUUAUGUAUAAUUUCAAACAACUUUAAUUGUUAAAAAACAGAAUAUUCAAGGUUGAAUAGAACAAAGAAACCUAAAAGGCAAUUAAUUUUACAGUACUGGUAUGUUGUUUAGUGCUAUUCAUUAUACAUGUAAUGAUGAAUUUAACAAAUUAGUAGAAUAAAUAUCAAUACAUGUACACCAAUAAUUGUAAUGCUGAUAAAAAGAAAACCUAUAUUACUAUAUAACUACUUAGUUAUCAGAUGAGUGCCAAAUGCCUGGGUACUCGCAGUUUUCAAUAAGACCAGAUUUAUAGGUGUAAAAGACGGACGUAAUAUGUUUUACUAAGAAAAAAAUGUAGCAUGAGGAAGGAAGAAAGAGUGAACACCUAUGGGUCAGAACUCUUUGACCUUAUUUGCAAAAUUUGAAGAAUGAGGACACUUUACAUAGGAAGGUACAUAGUAACAUAUGAAUGUUGUACAUGUAUUUAUUACUUGGAAAAUCUUAAUUUGGAUGAGUUAUAACAAGUUUGGAAAUACAUGUACAUGUAACAUAUAAGCUAAACAAUAUUAUAAGAUAUACAAUAUUAGAAAAUUGAACUGAUGCCCAGUAUGAAAAUGUUAACACUUUUUCAUAACAUACAUGGAAGUGACCUAAGCAGUAAUUCAUGAUGAGAAUUCAACUUCACAGAGGAAAAUAAUGUAACGUUGCCAUUAUUUAGGCUUCCUAUGAAUGUUAAAAUCAUGUGAUUUAUUCCAGGUUUCUGAAUGCAUUCAGAGUUUUUGUUUUAAAUCUUGAUUUUUAUAGGUAUCAGGUAGAUGCUCUUUUUUAAGAAUUUGAAUAUGUUAUAUAAAUGUUCUUAUACGAUUAAGUUUGCUUUGUGCUAUUUUGAGUACAUUUUAUAUUAAAGAAUUUCUUAUAAUGAAAUAGUUGCACAUUAACUGAAAUACAGUUGCGGAAGUUAUGUUAGAUUUUUAUUUUGUAUUUUCAAAAAGAAUUCCAUGAAAUAAUGUCUCAGAUUUUAAGACUUCAAUAACCUGAGUGAUGCCUAAAUAUUAGAGUUGAUAAGUUAUCAUUGAAUUGAUUGUAUAUAGAUUUUAUACACUUUAUUUCAACCCUGAUUAACAUCGAUUAAAAUUUCAUAUACAGAU